AUGGCGGCCGCUGACGUUGCCCCUCGAUUCGGGGCAGAGUUGAAGGACUCUUUCAAGCCCGUCAAUAAUUGGGUCUCAAACGGUAUAUCGUGGGUGGACGAGAUACAGCAAUUCUACCGCGAGCGCAGCGCUAUCGAGAAGGAAUACGCAUCCAAGUUAACACUGCUUUGCAAAAAGUACUAUGACCGCAAGUCGAAGAAGAUCAGCACCUUGAGUGUCGGCGAUACACCCACCCUCACCCCCGGCUCUCUCGAAAGCGCAUCACUCACGACAUGGACGACGCAAUUAAACGCCGUGGAAUCUCAUGCCGCCGAACGAGACAAGUUUGCGUCGGAGUUAAUAGUGCAAGUGGCAGAUCCCCUGAAACAAGCCGCUACCCAAUAUGAAGAGAUUCGCAAAUGCCAUGUUGAAUAUCAUGGGAAGCUAGAAAAGGAACGUGAUGCCGUAUAUGGUGAUCUUAAAAAGGCCAAGGGGAAAUACGAUGGCGCGUGCCAGGAGGUGGAGGCCCGCAGAAAGAAGAUGGAGUCGGCGUUCGACCAUGGAAAGACCAAGGCGCAGGCGGCAUAUCAACAACAAAUACUGGAGAUGAACAACUACAAGGCAUGGCUCAUUCACCAGACAACUUUCCCGUCCCGACUACUAAUUUGCAGACAGAAUCUGUAUCUUAUCAGCAUCAAUGUGACAAAUAAGCUGAAGGAGAAGUUCUAUCAUGAAUAUGUCCCUGAAGUAAUCGAUGGCCUGCAAAACAUCAACGAAACACGUGUGCAAAAAAUGAACUCUAUAUGGACUCUCGCUGCUCAGCUGGAGAAGGCAUCUCUUUCAAAUAGUACACAACACAUGGCCAAUUUGCUGGUCGAAAUUCCUCGCAAUAACCCAAUUCUGGAUUCUCUGAUGUUCCUUCAGCACAAUGUGACUCAGUCGCAGGAGCCUGCGAAUCUCGGGUUUGAGCCAAGCCCAGUGUGGCAUGACGAUGCUUCGAUCGUCGUCGAUGAGGCGGCCAAGGUCUUCCUGCGCAAUGUUCUGGGCAAGAGCAAAACUCAGGUUCGCGAGCUACGAGUUGAGUCUGACAAGAAGAAGCGCGAGGUCGAAGGAAGCAAAAAGGUGCGAGAGAAUAUCCAACAAGGCAAGGAUAAUCGAAACGAGCUAGAUGUGGUGCGAUCUAUUUUCUACAUUCAAGAAUCUUUGCACGAGGUUGAUCGCAAAUGGGUCACAGCCGAAAUAGAGACGGCGACUAUCAUGGCAGUGGCUGGAGACUUGUCAUUUGGAGCCCAGAACCACAACUUCCGCUCUCAAACAUUCAAAAUCCCAACGAAUUGCGACCUUUGUGGCGAGCGAAUCUGGGGCUUGUCUGCCAAGGGCUUCGAUUGUCGGGAUUGUGGCUACACUUGUCAUAGCAAAUGCCAAAUGAAGGUGCCCCCGGAGUGUCCGGGCGAGCAGACCAAGGAGGAGAAGAAGAAACUCAAGGCUAUGCGACAGGAACAGGCUGGCUCUCUGCCUACUGUUGAUAUCGACGCCGCACCUGCAGUGUCUCCUGCUGCCCCGUCCCUAACACGACAAAACACAAUGACCUCUCUUAGCUCGGGAUAUGCGGCCAGUACAGCUCGGUCAGUAUCGAACGUUGCUACUCAGCCUACACCAGAAACCCCGGCAGAGGAGGCUCCAACCCCUGUGGCAGAGACAAAGCCUGCUGCCGCAAGAAGGAAUCGGGUGCUAGCGCCUCCCCCAACAGCAUACAUGACUGCACCGCCACCAAGCGACGUAGGCUCGAAGUCGAAAGAGCCACGCGGUAAGAUGCUGUACGCAUAUCAGGCUACUAGUUCAGACGAGGUGACUGUGGAAGAUGGUGAUGACGUAGUCAUCGUCGAACCAGAUGACGGUUCUGGAUGGAUGCGUGUGCGCGCAGGAGGUAAAGAAGGCCUUGUUCCGGCAGCGUAUGUCGAAGCCGCCCCAACACCAUCGCCUGUGCCAGCCGCUACCCCUGGUCCUGACCGACCUGGCUCAACGUACUCCAAUUCCUCGGCGUCACUGGCAGGCAGUGCCGCGACAAAGCGUGUCGGACCAGCCGUUGCGCCCAGACGAGGCGCCAAGAAGGUGCAAUAUGUCGAGGCAUUGUACGAGUACGAAGCUCGCAGCGACAUGGAGUGGAACAUGGCCGAAGGCGACCGCUUCGUCUUGAUCAACCGAGACAGCGGUGAUGGGUGGGCCGACGUCGAACGAGGUGGCGUUACCAAGAGCGUUCCGGCAAACUACAUCCAGGAGGUGUAG